ACAGUUGCAGCCGACAUGGAAUAUUUAUGGCACGGAAAGACAUGGGAAAACAAGCGUCUGCAUUUCUGUGGACUCUGCGACUACCGCUCGGACAAGCGGCUCCACGUGAUCAGGCACGUCCGCACGCACACUGGAGCGAAACCGUACAGCUGCCAGGAGUGCGGAAGGAGCUUCUCCCAGAAGACGAACCUCACUCGCCAUAGGAGCAGUCACAUGAUUUCGUAUCUCAAGUGA